AUGAAGCGUGCAAAGUUGCGUGGCUCCAAGGAUGAUGGGAAAGGCCAAGAUGAGCCGGCCAUUCUGGAGACAGAGGACUUGGACAGAAGGUUUGGCAGAGGACCAGACCCUGACACCGUCUCACUAGCCUCUGUUACUGCAGUAACAACUAAUGUCUCUAACAAGAGAUCUAAGCCUGACAUCAAGAUUGAACCCAGUGCUGGAAGGCUGAUGGAUUUCCAAGUUAGUGUUACUGUUAUUGAGGCCAGACAGCUAGUAGGAUUGAACAUGGAUCCAGUAGUCUGUGUUGAAAUUGGAGAUGAGAAGAAGUACACCUCAAUGAAGGAGUCAACCAACUGCCCUUACUACAAUGAGUACUUUGUCUUUGAGUUCCACGUUCCUCCUGAUGUCAUGUUUGACAAGGUCCUGAAGGUGUCGGUAAUCCACUCUAAAAAUCUUCUGCGAAGUGGAACAAUGGUCGGGUCCUUCAAGAUGGAUGUGGGAACAGUUUAUUCACAACCUGAUCAUCAGUUCUACCACAAAUGGGCUGCUUUGUGUGAUCCCGAUGACAUCACUGCAGGGCUUAAAGGCUAUGUGAAAUGUGACAUUGCUGUGGUUACAAAGGGUGACAAUAUCAAAACUCCACACAAAGCCAACGAAACUGACGAGGAUGAUAUUGAAGGUAACCUGCUGCUUCCAGAAGGAGUUCCUGCUGAUCGUCAGUGGGCUCGAUUCUAUGUGAAAAUUUAUAGAGCUGAAGGCUUACCCAAGAUGAACACCAGCAUUAUGGCCAAUGUAAAAAAGGCUUUUAUUGGAGAGAAUAAAGAUUUGUUAGAUCCAUACGUUCAGGUGCAAUUUGCAGGUCAAAAGGGCAAAACCAAUGUCCAGAAGAGCUGCUAUGAACCAAUCUGGAAUGAACAGAUCAUUUUCACUGAACAAUUCCCACCAUUGUGCAAGCGCAUGAAGAUCCAAAUACGAGAUGCAGACAAAGUAAAUGAUGUGGCGCUAGGAACACAUUUCAUUGACCUUCGAAAGAUCUCAAAUGAUGGUGAUAAAGGGUUUCUCCCCACACUGGGGCCGGCCUGGGUAAACAUGUAUGGUUCAACACGGAGCUACACCCUAAUGGAUGAGUAUCAGGAUCUGAAUGAGGGAGUGGGAGAGGGGGUUUCAUUUCGUGCCCGUCUUCUGAUCAGCUUGGCCAUGGAGAUAUUGGACACAUCAUCCCCAGAGAUAACAAGCUCUACUGAGGUUCAAGUAGAAGGGGUGCCCAACAUUUCUGAGAAUGCCACUGGAAAAAUUGACGAAUUCUUUCUGUUUGGAGCAUUUCUGGAAGCAACCAUGAUUGACAGAAAGAUUGGCGAUAAGCCCAUUAACUUUGAAGUUACAAUCGGAAAUUAUGGAAGUGAGGUUGAUAUUCCUACCAAACCAAAAACAAAGAAGUCAAAAAAGGGUGAAGGUGAUGAGGAGUCUGAACUAAUCCAAGGUUCCAGUGAUGAAGAAGUGGAGACUGAUGGACAGCUAUCAUCAGUCUCCACCACACCACCAAUGAAACCAGUCAUCACUGACAGGAACUAUUUUCACCUCCCAUAUUUUGAGAGAAAGCCAUGUAUCUAUAUAAAGAGCUGGUGGCAGGACCAACGAAGAAGACAAUACAAUUCCAACAUAAUAGACCACAUUGCAGAUAAAUUGGAAGAGGGGCUCAAUGAUGUUCAGGAGAUCAUUAAAACUGAGAAAGCUUUUCCCGAGCGCAGACUCAGAGGUGUUCUGGAGGAAUUAAGCAAUGGCUGCAGUAAUUUUCUAUCACUGGCAAACAAGGACCAAACCCAGAUAGGGCUAACAAAGCUGGAUCGGGAGAGAGUGAAAUUAUGCAUGUGGGAGCUGGAAAACAUGGGCCAACAAGCAAAAGCAAUGCGAUCUCAGGUGAAAAAGAAAACUGUCAAGGAUAAAGUCAAACUGACACAAAACUUCCUCCAGAAACUGAGAUUCUUGUCUGAUGAGCCUCAACACAGUGUUCCAGAUGUUUACAUUUGGAUGGUAAGCAAUGGCAAGCGCAUUGCCUAUGCUAGAGUACCAUCUAAAGACAUUCUCUUUUCUAACAUCGAGGAGGAAACUGGGAAAGACUGUGCAAAAGUCAAGACCAUUUUUUUCAAGCUCCCAGGUAAAAAGAGCUUUGGGCCAGCAGGCUGGACUGUGCAAGCCAAGACAGAGAUGUACCUCUGGCUAGGCUUAAACAAGCAUCGCAAAGACUUCCUAAAUGGACUACCGAAUGGAUUUGAGGAAAACAAGGCAGUCAAAGGGCCUGGCAUGCACUCAUCGCCACCUAUCAGCCUGAUCUACACAAUGAAGCAGAUCUUCCAGCUGAGGGUACACAUGUACCAGGCAAGAAGCUUGUUUGCAGCAGACAGCACAGGUCUGUCAGACCCAUUUGCCAGAGUUUUCUUCUCUACUCACAGCCAGGUCACUGAGAUUGUCAAUGAGACCCUCUGUCCAACAUGGGAUCAACUUCUAGUAUUUGACAAUGUUGAGCUGUAUGGUGAGGCCGGUGAACUGAGGGAUGAUCCUCCAAUUAUUGUAAUUGAGAUCUAUGAUCAGGACAGUAUGGGCAAAGCUGAUUUCAUGGGAAGAACUUUUGCAAAGCCAACAACAAAGAUGUCAGAUGAGCAUUAUGGGCCACCACGAUUUCCUCCUCAGCUAGAAUAUUAUCAAGUGUACCGUGGAAACUGCACUGCUGGUGAAAUGCUUGCUGCUUUUGAACUGUUGCAGAUUGGACCAGGUGGAAAGGCUGAUCUUCCUCCCAUAGAUGGACCCACAGAUAUGGACCGUGGUCCGAUACUGCCCGUCCCUAUAGGCAUAAGACCGGUUCUGAGCAAAUACCGCAUUGAGGUUUUGUUCUGGGGCCUGAGGGAUCUGAAGAGAGUAAACCUUGCUCAAGUUGACAGACCCCGUGUAGACAUUGAAUGUGCUGGAAAGGGGAUUCAGUCAGCUCUGAUUGCUAAUUACAAUAAAAAUCCCAAUUUUAGCACCCUGGUCAAGUGGUUUGAAGUGGAUCUGCCUGAGAAUGAGCUUCUCCAUCCUCCCCUUAACAUUCGAGUGGUGGACUGCAGAGCUUUUGGACGUUAUACACUAGUUGGCUCUCAUGCUGUUACGUCACUGCGCAAGUUUAUCUACAGACCAACAGACAAGACUGUCAACAACUGGUCUGCUAUGGAGGAAAUUGUGAUACAUACCGAACCGGAGCCUGCUGUAAAGAAGAUGGAGACGAUGGUCAAACUUGACUCAGCAUCUGAUGCAGUUGUUAAGAUUGAUAUGCCUGAUGAUGACAAAGAUAGUAAAGGAAAGAAGAAGAGGAAGAAAGGGGAAGAGGUUGAGGAAGAACAGCUUGAUGAGAGCAUGUUGGACUGGUGGUCCAAAUACUUUGUUUCAAUCGAAACACUGAUGGAGAUAAUAAAAGCACAAGAGGCUGAAAAAGUUGAUACAGAGGAAAAAGAAGACCUGGAUGCAGAUGGAGAUAUCAAGCCGGAUGCAAAAGGAAACAAAAAGAAAAAGGGAAAAGCCAAGGAUAAGAACAAAGCAAUGCCAGGGGAGGGAUUACCUGAAAAGAAAAAGCCCAAAAUUGAGGAGCUGAAGGUGUACAACAGAGAGCUAGAGAAUGAAUUUAAUUACUUUGAAGACUGGCUCCACACGUUCAACCUUUAUAGAGGAAAGAGUGGGGAUGAUGAUGAACAAAAUACAGAUGAGGACAGACUCAUUGGCAAAUUCAAAGGCUCUUUGUGUAUGUACAAAGUGUCAGAUGAUAUGAGUAGAGAAAUGGGAAUCGAUUCCAACAUGGGCAUGUUUCAAAACAUUCCACACAACGACCCAAUCAGCGUUUUAGUUCGAGUUUAUGUCAUACGGGCAACAGACCUGCACCCUGCAGAUAUAAAUGGAAAAGCAGAUCCAUAUAUCGCCAUUAAGCUAGGAAAGUCAGAGAUCAAAGACAAAGAAAACUACAUCUCUAAACAACUAAAUCCUUUGUUUGGCAAAUCAUUUGACAUCGAGGCAACAUUUCCGAUGGACUCCACCCUCACUGUUUCCAUCUAUGACUGGGAUUUGGUUGGCACUGAUGACCUAAUUGGGGAGACAAAACUUGACCUUGAGAACCGUUACUACAGCAAGCACAGGGCUACAUGCAGUAUCACAUCAAGCUAUGCAGUUUAUGGCUACAAUGUAUGGAGAGAUCCGAUGAAGCCAACUCACAUUCUAUCAAAACUCUGUAAGGAUGGUAAAUUAGAUACACCCCAAUAUGGUCCUGGAGGAAGAGUGAAGGUGGCAAACCGAGUUUAUACAGGACCAACUGAAAUUGAGGAUGAAAAUGGUCUCAAAAAACAGACAGAUGAGCACCUUGCUCUAGCGGUUCUUAAUCACUGGGAGGACAUUCCACGAGUGGGCUGCAAACUUGUUCCUGAACAUGUAGAAACAAGACCUCUACUGAACCCUGAUAAACCCGGCAUUGAGCAGGGGAGAAUUGAGAUGUGGGUGGACAUGUUUCCAAAAGAUAUGCCAGCACCAGGACCCGCCCUUGAUAUUUCACCACGGAAACCAAAGAAAUUUGAACUCAGGGUAAUAGUCUGGAAUACGGAUGAAGUUGUUCUGGAGGACGAUGAUAUAUUCACAGGAGAAAAGUCCAGUGAUAUUUUUGUUAGAGGAUGGCUUAAAGGACAACAAGAAGACAAGCAGGACACAGAUGUCCACUAUCACUCACUAACAGGAGAGGGUAACUUCAACUGGCGAUUUAUUUACCCCUUCGAUUACCUAAUGGCUGAAGAGAAAAUUGUCAUCUCAAAGAAAGAGUCUAUGUUUUCAUGGGAUGAGACAGAGUACAAGAUCCCGGCUCGUCUUAAUAUUCAAGUCUGGGAUGCAGAUCAUUUCUCUGCGGAUGAUUUCCUGGGUGCGAUUGAACUAGACCUGAACAGAUUUCCUCGUGGUGCAAAAACAGCGAAACAGUGCACACUCGACAUGGUUCUCAAUGAACAAGACAUGCCAAUGGUCAACAUCUUCAAGCAGAAAAGAAUUAAGGGCUGGUGGCCUUUUAUAGCCAGGGAUGAAAAUGAUGAGAUGGAAAUCACGGGGAAGGUAGAGGCAGAACUCCACCUCCUGACAGGUGAGGAAGCUGAAAAAAGUCCUGUUGGUGAAGGACGCAAUGAGCCAGAGCCUCUGGAGAAACCCAACCGUCCUGAUACAACAUUCUUGUGGUUCAUCAGUCCAUUAAAAGCAAUUCGAUAUCUCAUCUGCAACAACUACAAGUGGCUGAUCAUCAAAAUAGUGGUGGCUCUGCUGAUUCUAGCAAUGCUAGGCCUAUUUAUUUACAGCAUGCCGGGGUACAUGGUGAAAAAGCUACUCGGAGCUUAA